UUAAUAUCCGGCCCGUGUGACAGCGGUCUUGCUCUGUCUCUCUUGCACUCACUUACGUGACGAUUACCUGUGUGACAAAUUCAUCUAUCAUCGCUCAAAUUUAAAUACCAUCGUUCGUAGGACUACAGGAUUAUCUGCUUCCUUGUCAUUCUCUGUCGUUUUGAAGAAAACGAAUGUUUCUCGAUUGACCUCUCCCGCAUUGCGAUGGGAGCUUUUAGAUAUGAAGACAACAUAGGAAUUUAUUAUACAAAAACCUUAUUGUUAUGAUGCUAAUUAUAAUAUAAUGAGAUAUCUUUUAUGUAGCUAAAAAAAGAAUAGUCAAGAAAGCACUUUGCUGACAUCUUUAUCAUCAAACAUGGAUCAAUCUAUAAUGACGCAGGUGGAGCCCACAGAUGAUUUAUAUCUUGCACUGGUACAAUGUUUUGUUAUUAUAUUAUGUGGAUAUGUAGCUGGAAGAUUCGACGUGAUAACAAAGUCAGAAGCGAAUGGUCUGAACACCUUUGUGGGCACCUUUGCUUUGCCAUCUUUAAUUUUUAUGUCUCUGGCAAAACUCGAUUUCUCAUUGGUUAACUGGCACUUCCUGAUCGCUGUACUGCUCGCCAAAAGCUGUGUGUUUAUCGUGGUACUUGUGGUUUCGCUAGUAAUUAAGAAACCGUCGAAUCCUGGACGCGCCGCGCUCUUCGCGAUAUUUACCACUCAGAGCAAUGAUUUUGCUAUUGGAUAUCCGAUGAUCGAUGCUCUGUACGGACAAACGCAUCCCGAGUAUGCCGCGUAUCUUUACCUGAUGGCUCCUAUAUCGUUGGCCAUCCUGAACCCGAUUGGUUUUGUCCUGCUGGAGAUAGGCAAGCGACGUGUCGAGGAGCACACUAGUUACAAAGACAUGGUCUUGUCUGUGGUGAAGGGCGUUGUGCUGAAUCCGGUACUAUUCAUGACUGUUUUGGGCAUCGUGGGGAAUCUCGUCUUCAGGCACAACGUGCCGCAUCUGCUCGCUACAAUUCUCGAGGUGUUCGGCAACGCGUUCUCCGCCAGCGCGCUCUUUCUCCUCGGUCUGAUGAUGGUAGGCAAGGUGCACAAGUUGAAAGGCACCGCACUGGUUAUACCUGGUAUACUGAUCUCGGUGAAGCUGCUAGUCCUGCCUCUGGUUAUAAGGGAGUCCAUCAUCCUCUUAAACGCCGGAUAUAACGACACGGAAACGAGAGAUUUGAGCACGUACGGUUUUCUGUACGGUACGAUCCCAACGGCGCCGGCUUUAUUCAUAUUCACUCUGCGAUAUAAUAUCGAGAUUGACCUGAUCGCUUCGGCGAUGGUGGCUUGCACAUUCUUGUCCGCUCCGCUCAUGUUCGUGUCGGCCAAGCUGAUCGACGCGGCUUACGCCGGGAUCACGCCGGCCAAUUAUGCAUACCAAUUGAAUAUCUUUUCCUUCGACAUGAGCGUUGCGUCCGCCGCCGCUUGCGUAUGGCUGAUGAUAUGCUUCCUCGGAUUCGGAUGGAAGAAAUACAAUCACGUCACUCACCGGUGCACUCUAUGCCUCAUAAUCGCGCAGUUCGCAACGGCGAUAGGCGUGAUCAUUUGGUCGAGAUUGGAUCCGAAGUGCAAUUAUGUUACAAUAUUAUGGUACAUUCAGUUUAUUCUAAUAACAAUCGGCGUGUACGCGAGUAGAAUGUGGACAGCUGGAAUCGCAGCGACAUUGUUAUAUCUGAGUGUGUAUACACGAGCCCACGUUGAGAAAUUGCAGAAGUUCUUUUAUCCUAUCGGAUGGGGAGUGCCGCUUUUCAUGGUGAUAGUUCUAUGCUUCUCCAUCAGCCCAAACCUGACCGAUCUUAAUAUGAAAAAUCCAAAUUUCCAAUUAGACAGAGUUCAAGCGGCUGUGUCUUCAUUCUUACUGAUAUUCUGCUUCAUAGUGACGUUAGGUUGCUUGGUCUUACAACAGAGGUACCAAAGAAGACAUCCUGAAAUGUCGUACGAGGAUCUCGGGAACAACAUAGAGAACACAACAGUCCCAGUCAGUGAGAGAUCCGUUGUGGAUGUCGAGGAUAUAGUCUCACCGUUGAUCAGUUCACCUGGAAUUCGUUGUGAUUUCCAAAACGGAUGUCCGACUGGCGAAGCGUGCGGGGUGUACGGAGACAGCUACAAUUGCAUCGAAGAGAACAAUACAAAUGUGGAUAAUGAUCCACAGGUUCUGCGUCAUCUCGUUUUACUUAUUCUGCUGUUGUGCUCCAUGUUCAUUGGCAUAUCAAUAUCCAUAGGGACGUUGAUUAUGGAACAGUUCUCUGGCAUUUACGCCGAGCUCGCAUUCUUAGAUGUGGCCUUGAACUUUGGGCAAUCGUUAAUAGCAUUCGCGAUCUUUGGGUUAGAUCCAAGUCUGGGUAAAUUUGGAUGUUGGCUGCGAAAGACUUGUAGAAAAUGGCGUACAGGGAAAGAGUUACAACUUCCUUGCGAAGAGGCUUUGAGUCCUGAAGUGAGAGCAAUCCGGGAACAGUUUAAUCGAUGUCACUUAGAGGCGUGUCGAGCACGCAUAUCCAUGUGUCGCAGACGAUUGUUGAGGGUAUACAGAGGAGUAUUCUCCGGCACGGAUCUAGUCAACUGGUUAAUGGAAGUUGGAAUCGCGGAUAAUCGGGAGGAUGCUGUUCGAUACGGCCGUUGUUUGUUGGAAAGCAGAGUUCUCCAACACGUGGAUGGUACGCAUCACUUCUAUGACCAGAACCUACUGUACACCUUCAACGCAUAGUUAAACUUCGGUUUAACAAGGCACAAAGAGAAAGAGAGAGAUAUAGUUUAAUUUAUAUUUUUUAAAUUAAUGGUAUACUCUGUACAAUGCAAGCAGUAUGAACGUGUACAUUCUACACGUUAAUUAAGUUCUCAACUUAAAUUAAUUCAAAAGAGAAAAUAGUUCCAUAUGUUUAUAUUUUAAAUAGCGGCUGCGAAUGAGAAAAGCGAGAUUGUUUGAAUAAGUUGUGGACUCCAGAGAAGAGUUACAUACAAUUAUAUUUAUUUAUGACUGCAAUAGUUCCUCGUAUGUUGUCGUUUACUGUGAGUACAAGCACAGCGAAGUAAUCAAGUGAUUAUUUUGCAGUGUUCUUAGAUAGAAUUUAAUUUUUAUAGUGACAUUUUGCAGACUAAAUGUGUAAGAUUUUAUACAGUGAGAAUAUUGUUUGUUAUUAGAUAUACAGAUAUACUACUUUUUAAAUAAGUAACGUAUUUCUGUUAUUAAAUGAGAAACAGUACCAGUAUUAGCUGCGAGUACAAUAUGACAGUAGCUAACUGUUUUACAGUAACUCUAUCUGAAAUUUGCGAAGGCUGUGUUUAGCAUAUUAUAUGCCGCACUUAUAUAAUGUAAGAAAUCCUCUGAUGCAAAGAUGCUAUUUUCAUAUACGGAAAUCCUGAUUUUCUGUCGUAAUAUAUUUUACGGAAGGAUAAGAUGUUCCCAAGAGAUGCGGCUAGAAAGAAUGCCAAAAAUGAGCAACACAGACAGCAAUCUAUUUUCCUAAUAUUAACGUCAUACGGGAAAUUUGAGAAAAUUUGCUUGAAUUUUUCGUCAAUGUUUGAGCUUUGUACACGUACGAAGACAAAUGUAUAGUUUGUAAUUACAAAGAGAAACGUGUGUGUGCUACGCGAUGAUUCCGCAAUACAAGUAUUACACUAUAGCUAUAGUGUCUUGGAACUUGUCAAGUCACUGUCUCUCCUUGUUCUAUGAGAUAAUUUCAUUUUCUGUUGAACUUUGUUUUAUAUCGAAACGAAUCUCUAUAUGAAUGUGUAUAAAUCAUGUAAAGUGAUCAAUAAUAAAUACACGACAAUUCUAUCAGA